AUGCAGUCCGUCCUGCUCCUUCUGGCGGUAGCUGCCAGCGCACAAGCUUUCGGCCUGAGACACAGAGCUGAUGGUGGCGCUAUCAGCGCCUCCCAAGCGGAGGCCUCAUCAACAGGCGUGGGUGCUGGACUGUUAGGCCUUGGACUUGGUGCUUCCACGAGUCACGCCUCGGCAGAAUCCGUUGGAGUGGGCCGCAGUUAUGGUGGGUUUAGUGCUUCUAAUGCAGAGUCUUCAUCAGUAGGACUGGGAGCUGGACUUCUGGGCUUAGGCGUUGGUGGUUCCAUGAGCCACUCCUCAUCACAAGCUCUCGGAGUGGGCAGAGGUGACGGCAGCUUCAGUGGCUCAAGUGCAGAGGCAUCAUCUACAGGAAUUGGCGCUGGUCUUCUUGGAGGUGGACUGGCUGGUUCCCAGAGUCAAGCUUCAGCAGGAUCUGUUGGUGUAGGCCGCGGUGAUGGUGGGUUUAGUGCUUCUAAUGCAGAGUCUUCAUCAGUAGGACUGGGAGCUGGACUUCUGGGCUUAGGCGUUGGUGGUUCCAUGAGCCACUCCUCAUCACAAGCUCUCGGAGUGGGCAGAGGUGAUGGCAGCUUCAGUGGCUCAAGUGCAGAGGCAUCAUCUACAGGAAUUGGCGCUGGUCUUCUUGGAGGUGGACUGGCUGGUUCCCAGAGUCAAGCUUCAGCAGGAUCUGUUGGUGUAGGCCGCGGUGAUGGUGGGUUUAGUGCUUCUAAUGCAGAGUCUUCAUCAGUAGGACUGGGAGCAGGACUUCUGGGCUUAGGCGUUGGUGGUUCCAUGAGCCACUCCUCAUCACAAGCUCUCGGAGUGGGCAGAGGUGACGGCAGCUUCAGUGGCUCAAGUGCAGAGGCAUCAUCUACAGGAAUUGGCGCUGGUCUUCUAGGAGGUGGACUGGCUGGUUCCCAGAGUCAAGCUUCAGCAGGAUCUGUUGGUGUAGGCCGCGGUGAUGGUGGGUUUAGUGCUUCUAAUGCAGAGUCUUCAUCAGUAGGACUGGGAGCUGGACUUCUGGGCUUAGGCGUUGGUGGUUCCAUGAGCCACUCCUCAUCACAAGCUCUCGGAGUGGGCAGAGGUGAUGGCAGCUUCAGUGGCUCAAGUGCAGAGGCAUCAUCUACAGGAAUUGGCGCUGGUCUUCUUGGAGGUGGACUGGCUGGUUCCCAGAGUCAAGCUUCAGCAAGAUCUGUUGGUGUAGGCCGUGGUGAUGGUGGGUUUAGUGCUUCUAAUGCAGAGUCUUCAUCAGUAGGACUGGGAGCUGGACUUCUGGGCUUAGGCGUUGGUGGUUCCAUGAGCCACUCCUCAUCACAAGCUCUCGGAGUGGGCAGAGGUGACGGCAGCUUCAGUGGCUCAAGUGCAGAGGCCUCAUCUACAGGAAUUGGCGCUGGUCUUCUAGGAGGUGGACUCGCUGGUUCCCAGAGUCAAGCUUCAGCAGGAUCUGUUGGUGUAGGCCGCGGUGAUGGUGGGUUUAGUGCUUCUAAUGCAGAGUCUUCAUCAGUAGGACUGGGAGCAGGACUUCUGGGCUUAGGCGUUGGUGGUUCCAUGAGCCACUCCUCAUCACAAGCUCUCGGAGUGGGCAGAGGUGACGGCAGCUUCAGUGGCUCAAGUGCAGAGGCAUCAUCUACAGGAUUUGGCACUGGUCUUCUUGGAGGUGGACUGGCUGGUUCCCAGAGUCAAGCUUCAGCAGGAUCUACCGGUAUAGGCCACGGAGGUAGUGGGUUUAGCUCAUCUAAUGCAGAGUCUUCAUCAUUAGGACUGGGCGCCGGUCUUCUUGGUUUAGGCCUCGGUGUCUCAAAAAGCAGCUCCUCUUCACAGGCUGUUGGAGUGGGUGGAGACGGAGGCAGCUUAAGUGGUACCACAGCAGCAGCGAAAUCAUCAGGAUUCGGAGGUUUUGGAGGUUCUGAGAGCCAAGCUUCAGCAGGGUCUUUGGGAGUUGGCGGAGGUGGCAGUGGAUUCAGCGCCUCUGAAGCACAGUCUUCAUCAGUUGGUCUGGGUGCCGGUUUAGGUGGCCUUGGCCUGGGGCUUGGCCUCUCUACAAGCCGUUCUUAA